UCCUCCCGUCACUCUCGCUGCUGCAGGGACGGAGCCUUCCUACCCUUCGCCUCACAGAGACCAUUUGGCUGGGAUUUACUGGGAAUCUGCACUUAGAUUGCAAGCUCUGCUGGUCACGUGGCACUUCCUCUGUGAUGAUUGGUCUCGCCAGGCUGAUGGACCUGCUGAAGCCCCCACAGGACGAGGAAGGAGAGGAUGAGCCCAAACCUUCAGACCUGACAGUGUUUGCCAGCAACUCCACUCUCCAUGGGAUCAGCCAUGUCUUCCUGCCUGGUGGGGUGACCCCCCGGCGAGUCUUCUGGGCAUGUUCCUUCCUUGCCUCUCUCAGCUGCUUCCUAUUCCAAGUGGCCGACCGGAUCAUCUUCUACACCGAGUACCACCACGUCACCACCCUGGAUGAGAUGGAGAGCAGCCUCAUGAAAUUCCCGGCCAUCACCCUCUGCAACUACAACAGCUUUCGCAAGUCUGCCCUGACUAGGGAUGACCUCUUCUGGGUGGGGGAGUUGCUUGGCAUUGAGAAGGACUCCCCAGAAGUGUUGGAGGCUUUGGGGAUACCUGCAGACUCCGGACCCAUCUAUCCCAGCAAGUCCUACAACAUGCAGGAGUUCUACGAACGAGCCGGACACGUCAUGGAAGAUAUGAUGCUGGAAUGUCGCUACCGGAACCAGGAGUGUGGACCUGAGAACUUCACUGCGGUCUAUACCCGCUAUGGCAAGUGCUACACCUUCAACUCGGGGCAGGAUGGGUACGAGCUUCUCUACACCCUAAAGGGCGGCACGGGGAAUGGCCUGGAGCUGAUGCUGGAUAUUCAGCAGGAUGAGUACCUACCUGUGUUUGGAGAGACAGAUGAGACAUCCCUUGAGGCUGGGGUGAAGGUUCAGAUACACAGCCAGGAGGAACCCCCAUUCAUAGACCAGUUGGGGUUCGGUGUGGCCCCUGGAUUUCAGACUUUUGUGUCCUGCCAACAGCAAGAACUGGUUUACUUGCCCCGGCCAUGGGGCGACUGUCGUUCUGAGCCUCUGGACUCCCCUUACUUCCGCACCUACAGUAUCACCGCUUGUCGGAUCGACUGCGAGUCGCGCUACAUCGUUGAGAAGUGCAAAUGUCGUAUGGUGCACAUGCCUGGUAACGCCACUGUGUGCAGCCCUGACCAGUACAAGUGUGCGGACAUCCAGCUGGAUUUCCUAGUAGAAGAGGACAACACUUUCUGUGUGUGUGACACCCCUUGCCGCACAGUGAGAUAUGGGAAAGAGCUGUCGAUGGUGAAGAUCCCAAGCAAAGCGUCGGCCAGAUACUUAGCCCGGAAAUAUAAUAAAACCGAACAAUACAUAGCGGAGAAUAUCCUGGUUUUGGACAUUUUCUUUGAGGCUUUAAACUAUGAGACAAUUGAGCAGAAGAAGGCAUAUGAGAUGGCUGGACUUCUAGGUUUGUAA